AUGACCCCCUCCCCUCCGCGCGCCUUCCCCGGUCCGCAGGUUCCGGUGGCCGCGGUCGCGCUGACCGACCCGGCGCAGGUUCCGAUGAACUCAGAAGUAAUUAUGGACCCUGUACAGGGACAGGUGAACUUUGAGGACGUGGCUGUGUACUUCUCCCAGGAGGAGUGGGGUCUCCUUGAUGAGGCUCAGAGACGCCUGUACCGCGAUGUGAUGCUGGAGACCUUUGCACUUGUGGCCUCGCUGAGAGAUGAAUCUUCCAUGUCCCAUGGGGUUCCCUCCCUGGAGCUGGGCAGCAAGCCCUGGGGAUCUGACUGGGCAGACGUUACUCCAGCCAGGACCAGAGAAGCUCAGGGUUGUUGGCAUGGAAUGGAGGACGAGGAGAUAGCUUUUGAGCAGAACAGUUUUAUGGGAGUGUCACAGGUCAGGACUCCCAAGGCACGUCCUUCUACCCAGAAGGCCCACCUCUGUGAGACAUGUGGCUUGGUCUUGAGAGACAUUUUGCAUGUGGCUGAGCCCCAGGGAACACACCCUGAGCAGAAAUCAUACAUGUGUGGGGCAUGUGGGAAACAAUUCCGCUUCAAUGCAAACCUUCACCACCAGAAGCAGCACAGUGGAGAGGAGCACUUCAGAGGGGGCAAGGGCAGCCCCUUGUUUGUGAGCAGCUCCCCUGUCGAUCCACUGGAGAUCCCUUGUACGACAGGGAAGAGUUAUAAGGACUUCCCAACUAGCUCAAAUAUUUUCCAGCAGCGUGCUCCUCAUAGUCAAUGGAAGCCAAAUAGUAACACCAAAUGUGUGGGUGCCUUUCACAGUGGACAAAGGCAUUACGAGUGUAAUGAAUGUGGGAAAGCCUUCAGCCGCAAAGACUCACUUGUCCAGCACCAGAGAGUCCACACUGGAGAAAGGCCUUAUGAGUGCAGCGAAUGUGGGAAAACCUUCAGCCGCAAACCCAUACUUGCUCAGCACCAGAGAAUCCACACUGGAGAAAUGCCGUACGAGUGUGGCAUAUGUGGGAAAGUUUUCAAUCAUAGCUCCAACCUUAUUGUACACCAGAGAGUUCACACUGGAGCGAGGCCUUACAAGUGCAGUGAAUGUGGGAAAGCGUAUAGCCACAAAUCCACACUUGUUCAGCAUGAGAGUAUCCAUACUGGAGAAAGACCUUACGAGUGCAGCGAAUGUGGGAAGUACUUUGGUCACAAAUACAGACUCAUUAAACACUGGAGUGUUCAUACUGGAGCAAGGCCCUAUGAGUGCAUUGCAUGUGGGAAGUUCUUUAGCCAGAGCUCCGACCUUAUUGCACACCAGAGAGUUCACAAUGGUGAAAAGCCCUAUGUGUGCAGUGACUGUGGAAAAGCCUUUAGCCACAAACAUGUACUUGUUCAACACCACAGAAUUCACACUGGAGAAAGGCCAUAUAAGUGCAGUGAGUGUGGGAAGGCCUUCAGGCAAAGAGCUUCCCUCAUCCGACACUGGAAAGUUCACACUGGAGAAAGGCCUUAGGAUGGCAGGGAAUACACCAUUUCCUUGUUCCAUUAGUGACUGACAGCAGAGAGAAGCUCUGAGAUUAGCCUUCUUGAGUAGCCAUCAGCCAGAAGUUGAACCUCAUAACAUUUAAACAUCCACCCCGAGGAGAUUUUUCUGAGUGCAACAUAUGUGGGAAGCUUUCUGGUGCAGUAUAGCCCUUUGUAACCUGUCCAGAAGCCUUGCCAGAAUUCUGUCACUCCCCGUGUCUCUGGAAAAACAGAAAACAAAAAACCAGCCAUGUAUGGAAUGGCAGAGUCCCACAUUGUGCAUAAGUCACCCCAACAUGUUGUAAUAGGCAGUCCUCUGCUCCUCCUCCCUUCCCCAGAGGGAAUCAUCAGUACCUGGAGCCCAUUAAAAAUCCACACUCCUUCCUGCCGUCUCCACCACCAGCUGGUAUAAGCAUGGACAUGACCUAACUUUGGUCAGAAGGUGGCAAGCUUUGUUCUGCUGGCUGCUUGCAGAGAAGGUUUCCGUUUUUCGUGGACUUCGUUGGUCUCAUUUUGCACUCACGAUGGAUUUGUGCAGUCUUCAAGUCACCUACCUUAGGAGUUGUCUGUCUCAUGUUCUGUUUUUGCAACAAAUGACUUAAUUUUUAAACUAUAAUUUUGGGGAUUCCAUUCACUCUGCGUUGUAUUGAAAACAGAAUUGGAUUCUGCCAGCGUGAAGGGAGGAAGAGCUUUUGUGAGAGUGCCAAAUGUUGCGUCUCAGUGGUGUUAGCAGAAUGGCAAGCAAGGAACAUCUUUCGUUUUAGCCUAACUUGCAUUACUGCUCAAGGUUGUCUAUGAAAGAAUACCGAUCUUGGUGGGCCUAAUCUUUUGGCCUAUAUGCUGAGAUUUGUGAUCAUGGUCACCCUGAGCACUGGGCAGUUGUGACAGCCUCUGGUGUAUCUGGGGGCAGUAUGAAUUGUUUCCCUUGUCCCAGAGGGAGUUUCAUAGUCCCAUAUUCUCUUGAUGAGAACUUGACCCCUGGGACCUGCCAGUGCCCCUGAAAUCUAUUUAAUAGGCAGAUGUCACUGUCCCCUAAAAAGACUAGGUAGGAAUCAUAAUUGGCACAGAUACUGAUUAACAGGGAGUUGGGAGCAAACUACAGGGAGUGUGACUCUAAUAAAGGUAAUUCCACAUGUUUCCAUCACUAUGGCUUUGGUACAAGGUUACAGAAAUUCUCAGGAUUCCCAUAUUUGUGUCUCUUACGGCUGCAGUCACUGUCAGAGCAAUCAGUUGAAGCAUUUUCUGCAAUAAAAUGCACAUAUUUAUA